AUGGGUGGGGCCUACCACCACAACCUUAUCUCCUCUGUUUUGGCUCUGUUCUCUCCCGCAAAACUCUCUGGCCAUGGAGAUGAGGAAAUCUCACCUGCGCGCUCCGCCGUCGCGCCCCAACCACGCCACCGUGCUCGCCAUCGCGCCCCAGCCACACCACCGCGCCCGCCGCCGCGCUCUAGCUCGGCAGGGCCGAGCUCGUCGCGCAGCUCCGGCGGGCCCCGUCUCUCUCCGACGCCGACGACAACCGGCGACGCCCUCACGUGCUCCUCCUGCGCGAGCUCGGACUGCCGCGCCCAAGCGCCGCCGCCGCCCCGACCACGCUCGGGCGCCGUCGGCCAUGAGGCCUCUCGCACGAGCUCGGACUACCGCGCCCCAGCCACGCGCCGCCGCCCCAAGGCACGCUCCGCUGCGCCCAAGCCGCUCCGCCGCCGUCCCCCGCCCACGCUCGGGGCACCGUCGCGCCGCCAAGAGGUGUGGCCAUGGUGCUGCGAGGUCCGCCUCUCCCCGUCGCCGCCGCCCAGGUCCGCUCGCGUCGCCGGUGGGUUCCGCACGCGUCGCCGUCAAGGUUCCCAUCGCGCCGCCGCCAGGUCCCCACUCGCUUCGCCGGCCUGGUCCGCGCGCGCCACCGGCCAAGUUCUCCACGGCCGCCGGCCAAGUUCUCCACGGCCGCCGGCCAUGUUCCCGCUGGCCGCCGCCCUAGGGCAGGCCAAGAUGGCCACCCUCGGCGCACGCGCUGGAGCGGGGAGGACCAUGCUUCUCCUCCGCCGCCCCCAGGACCAUGCUGCUCCUCCGGUGGCCCCACAAAUCCGUGCUGCUUCUCCGCCAUCGCGCCUACACCCAGCACAAGCACGAUGCCAACGACCUGGAGGUGCUACCAUGGGCGAGCCAGAGAUGUUGAAUGUGGAAUACAAAUACAUGAAUGGAAUUAGAGUGGCACACAUAGUUCAAUGA